AUUAAACUACUUACGUUUUAAAUAAGCUCGAUAUUUUUAGUGGAGUGAAAAAUUGAAUCUUCGAAGCCAUCACAUAAGAUUCGAUCGAGCUCGAGUAAAAUGAAUCAAUGGAAGAUAUGAUUUCCCGUUACGUGUGGGUGACAAUCUGUGAUUGACGAAGUGUGGCGUCGUUGUUCUCAUCUUAAAUCCUUCAGUAAGCGACAACCGUUAACAAUUUCAGAUGGUGAAGUCGACAGGCGGCUUAGUAAAUUACACACGCCGUGACCAAGCCCUCACGGUUUCUCUCUCCACCUCUAUAUGUGCUGCUUAUUUAAGUUUUUAGAGGUAGGAUUUGUGAUUAUGAUCUUAGCAAAUGCUGGUUUUGUAUAAGAAGAUGUGGUUGGAGCUGUGUUAAGUUGUUGAAUAUUUUUGGAGUGAUCGAGCUAAAACCCUUGGGUUUGAUUGCUGUUGGAGAUUCGGCGUUUUUUCUACAUUUAUUGGAUUUGGUUGAAGAUUCUGGCUCUCAACUAUUUAAACACGGAGAGCAGUGGGGCGAACUGUGUGGUUGGUCUGGAGUGUGUAUUGAAUAUCAUCAGGUUCCUAACGAUGGGAUCCUGCUUUUCCUGCGAAAGUAGGAGCCCUGUGCCCACUUUUCCCAUGGUGGCUAAGAAGAAGAAGGUUUCGACAAUGACAUCCUUUGAGUACAGUAGGGAGAAUAGGUUGCACAGGAAUCAUAACCGGAUGUUCUUGAAUGGGUCAAGUGAGAUUGCCUCCCUCUUUACACAACAAGGCAAGAAAGGGGUCAAUCAAGACGCCAUGAUUGUUUGGGAGAAAUUUGGUUCAAGAACAGACACGAUCUUCUGUGGGGUCUUUGACGGCCAUGGCCCUUAUGGUCACAUGGUUGCUAAGUGUGUCCGAGAUUCUCUUCCUCUGAAGCUGAGUGCACACUGGGAAGUCGACGUGCAAGACGAUGAGAUUCUUAGGGAAACUGGAAGCAAGUCUGAGAUCUUUAACACAUUGAAAGAAACUUUUCUCGAUGCCUUUAAGGUCAUGGACAAGGAGUUGAGAAUGAACACAAAUUUCGAUUGCCUCUGUAGUGGAACUACAGCAGUGACCCUGGUGAAACAGGGUCAGGAUCUUAUAAUCGGAAAUAUUGGGGACUCAAGAGCUGUGUUAGGGAUGAGAGAUGCGAAUAAUGCAUUCGUUCCAGUACAGUUGACUGUGGAUCUCAAGCCUGAUCUUCCUGCGGAAGAAGAGAGGAUCCGAAAAUGUAGAGGUCGUAUAUUUGCCCUCCGGGACGAACCUAAGGUGGCUAGAGUGUGGCUGCCACACAAUGACGCUCCUGGCCUUGCCAUGGCACGUGCGUUUGGUGAUUUCUGUCUCAAGGAGUUCGGCCUUAUAUCUGUGCCUGAAAUCUCAUAUAGACGCAUCAUUGAUGAAGACGAGUUUGUAGUCUUAGCAACAGACGGGGUUUGGGACGUGCUCUCGAACGAGGAGGUGGUAACUAUCGUGGGCACUUGCCCUACACGCUCGUAUGCAGCUCGAGCAGUAGUGGCUGCAGCAGUUAGAGCAUGGAGGUAUAUGUAUCCAACUUCAAAUGUUGAUGACUGUGCCGUGGUCUGCCUCUUCCUUGACUCAGACGAGUCUACCAGCUCGAGCGCCAAUUCCACCGCGCCUGAAGAGGACGAAUCCACAAACUAUCAUGAUCCUUAUGAACUCAACCGUAGUGGCACUAUCAGAACAGGCAGUGGGGCAAUUGAGGAAAAAUAAAGGAUAGGAGCUACUGAAGGAGGGAUUUUGUGAUGGUGAAUGUACGACAGUGGUGGCGUAGCGAAGCAUGUGGAAAUGGUGCUUGUUCUUGCGGUGCAGUUUGUCGAGAUUGUGAAUGCUUAUGUGUUUAUAUAUGGUGUAAGUAGAUAGAAUCGGAAUUUUGCAUUCAGCCAAUUGAGUCUAUUGUUUUGGUUUUUAUGAA